AAUUCACCUUCAAUUAUUCAUCAUUGAUUCUUAUUUAUUAUUGUAAUUUUCAAUUUAUAUCAUUAAUAAAUAAACAAACAAUGAAAAUCUUAAACUGAAUUAAUUAAUUUUAUAUUUAAAACAAAAACAAAAACAAAAUGUAUAAAUAAAUGUAUAUGGAUAUAAUAGUAAACUUUUUAAAUGCAAAAGACAUAUCUUAUGGAAAUAACUAUGAUAAUUUUGAUCAAAUUUACUUCUGCCGAAUUAAAAGAUCAUAUAAUACUUUGGGAUGCAAGUAAUUGGAGGUUCAAAGAAAAUCAAAAUGAUAUUUAUGCUACUGAGGGUGACAAUCUAAUAUUUAUCUGUCCAAAAAAUCGAACAUUUUCUCAAAAUCUCUAUUGGACAGAUGAUCCACGUGUACAAUUAAAAUGUAAUAAAACAUUACCUAUUAAAGUUAUUAAACUUUUGGAUUGUUUUGGAAACAAGUCAGUUACAGAAUUCGUUCUUAAGGUUAGCCGUUUCCCAGAAAUCGCAUCACUACCAAGUUUUCAUUCAGAAAUUCCUGUUUAUUUCGUAGCUCAGUCUGUGAUAUGUCAACAGAAUAAUUUUCGUUUAAGCGUUAAACUAGUGUCUGGUAAUAAGACAGAUAUUACCAAUCACAUUGUUACUACUGAAGAAAUGCAGACAAAGAAACAUUCCAGAAAAUUUGAUUUAUUCUCAAAUACAUCCAUUUCUCCUCAAUUAAAAACAACACAAAUUCAUUAUCCUUUAAAUGAUUCAUCAAAUCUAUUCUGGAAUCAAGAAUAUAAAGUUUUACUUUUACCAGCUACAUUAGCAUUUUUUACAUUAAUCAGUAUACAAAUUAUUUUAUGUGGAUUAUGGUUUUCUAAUUCAAUUACUCAAAAAUUAAUGAAGUGCUUUAAAAAACAUAAAUAUAAACAUCAUAAUGUACAAUUACAAACAAAUGACAUUUAUAAAAAUUAUCAAAUAGAUAAAGAUUUAAAUAGAUCACAUUCAAUUCAAUCAAAUGAUAAAACAAGUAAAUUACCGAUUCUUAAUUAUGAAACAAAAUCGAAUGUCAAUUUAUGUUGUCAAUCAAAACCUUCAUUACUUAUAAAUAAAUAUAAUUUGAAUAAUAUAGAAAAACAACAAAAUUCUAUCAAUUCUCAUUGGUUAAUACAUUUUAAUCAAUUUGAUAAUGAUAUAUCAUUUUAUAAAUUUAAUGAUCAACAAUCUGAACCAAAUGUAUUCAAAUCAAAUAAGCCAGAGAAAUUAUUAUUUAAUUUUCAAAAGAAUUUAAUUCAUCAAACUAUUCCAGAUACAUCAACUAUUCUAUGUAAUUGUAUCAAUCAAUCAAAUAAUAAUAUGAAACUUAGACCAAAUCAAGAAUUAUUAAUUCCUGUAUCCAUUUAUUUAAAUAAAAAUAUAAUGAAAGAUUGAAAUUCUUUAUUUUUAAAAAAUUUAGUUUUUAAAAAGAAAAACAAACGACUUCUCUUUGAAGCAUUUCCGAGUGUAUUAAGUAGAGAAUGAUCAUUUCACUCCUUUACACAUUUAUCCAUUAUUGAUCUUUUAUAACAAAAUUAUCCAUUUAUAUAAUACUCUGUUUACUAAAACAGAGAAGAUAAGAUUAAGAUUGAAAUAUUGAUUUCAGUUUCUCUCCUACAUAUUUUUCAAAAAAACAACAUUUGGUACUUUUGAAAACAAUUUUAUUUCUUAUUGUAUAUACUACUUAUUUCAGUAGAAUCAAAGUGAUCUAACAAAUAGAAUACAAUUCAUUUCAUUCAAUGUAUUCCUGUAAGAAAAAAAGAAUAGACAAAUCAAUUUAUUGAUUACCAAUGCUUAUUUAUAUGAUAGUUUAUUAUUUGACAUGAAUGAAUAUUAUGUAAAUCAAAUCAAAACAAAAUAAAUGAAACAAAUCAUAUUUCAUAUUAUUAUAAAUUUCAAUUAUAUUCUCAUCUUUCUUUUUAGUUGUUUGUUUGUUUGUUGAUAUUAUUCUCCUAUUUGUAAUAAGUAGUUGCUAGAUUGCAACAAAACAAAAACAAAGAGAAAAACUUGAACUUCUUAACAAAUGAAUUAUUUCUGAUUAAAUGUCAUUUAUAAUCUGUAUAGUAUAAAAGUUCAUGAUAAGUUGAAACGAAAAAAUAAAAAUAAUAUUCUCUUUCAUGACAAUGUAAAUGAUGUACAGAAUGAAAGAAAGAAAAAAAAUCUCCAUAAGGAGCAAAUAUAAUAAUUUGAUAAUCAUUCCAGUUUGAUAUUGUUUUUAUAAUUUAUGUGAAGGAAGAAAAAAUGCUACUAAGUAGAAUUAUUGAUUUUAUCAAAUUUCUUUUCAUUUUUCUUUAGAAAAUAUUUUAAUUGCUUGGAGAAAAAUCAAUAAUUCAAUAUGAUUGAUUAUUAUAUGUUUGAUUAAAUCUAUAUUUGAACUGUAAUAUUGAUAAUAUUGUAUGACACAACAAUAGAUAGGAAGAAUGUAUGUAACAUGAGAAUUUACAAAGUACUUAUAUCAUACAUUAUACAUAGUCAUUAAUCUUCUAUUUUUCUUUUUUCCGGUGUGUUCCGCCAUCUGAAUUUUAUUCUCGUCUGAUCAUCAAAUGUUCUGCGAAUAACAUGUUUUCAAUCUAUUGAAACUGUUCAUUCUGUCUGACGUUACAUUCGCCUAUACAAUACUUAGACAUAAUUUUAAAGAAUCACUACAUUCACAAUUCAGAUUAAUUCAAUGUUCGACAUGAAGAGAUUGCAAUAAAUUGAUAUACCAUAAUGUUAUUUAUUACUAAUUCUCUAUACAUUUCUACAUUUUUCUGUUUAUAACAAAUCACUUACAGAGUUAAUGAAUGUGAUUAUGAUUGAAAAUAAAUAGUUUAUACUUAA